AUGGCUUCCGAAAAAUCAAAUAAUCCGUACUUCAACGGUUCUCAUCAAUUCAAUCAACGAAAUGAUAGCCCACCUUCGGUCCAUACGUUACUAUCGGAGGACAUCGACAACACUGAAGAACAGCCCCCCGCAUAUACGAACUCAAAUCCUGAAGUCACAACGAGGGCGGAAAAGUCGUCAGCACCUGCAUCAGAACCUUUACAGGAAUCAUCACGAUCCGCACAAUCACAAACAGCAUCCACCAAAAAACCAGUAGCCAUUCCCGCAGUGGAUUCCUCUUUCGACUCACCCUUCAUGCGCGCGUAUGCACCGGUAUUAAAAGACUACAAACUACCGCAAGAAGUCUUUCUCGAUUUUCUGGACAGAUUGAAUAAAGCAAUCGCAAGCAGCCCGCCCUUGCAAGUCCUCGAUGCCACGGGUGGAGUUUUGAGCGCUGUUCCCAUUCUUUUCCCUCUCCAUUGGAUCGGAUCUGCUGUUAGCGGGAUCGCCAAGUUGGGAAACUCGGGGGUGUCUAAAAGUCGUACAGACAAUUUGCUGAAAGAUGCGAACAAGGAUAUAUUCGGUCCGAGGGGGUUGAAGAUUGAAGUCGCUAAGUUGGAUGCUCUUGCACAUAUUGCUAAGAUUCCCAUUCUCGACUCAAGAGGGAAAGUUAGUCGUCAAGCUCCGUUGUUGCAGCAAUUGUCGGCCGUCGAAGCACAUCCAGAUGGUUCCAGUGCUGCAACGGAGGGAAACAUUGAAUUGGCGAUGGAUGCACAGCAAAGACGUCUUCGGAUACUGCGGCCGUGGAUAGCGGACCUGGAACUUGAUAUAUUACCCUGGACUUCACAGUCAAAAUUGACUCGAUUCAAUGCGGCACUCAAGAAACACAAUGGUGCAGAUGAUAGAGAUUCGAAGGGGAAAAGGAGGCGUGACAGAGACUACAAGCAAAGUCGUCUGAAUGGAAACGAAGGUCAAGAUGACGACGAAGAAGAAAUUGAACCGUUUCGCAAAUGUCUCUGGCUUAUUAUCCGAGAGGUUUAG